AUGAACGGCGUAUGGUCUUCUGUCAAAAAUGCGCUUCCUUGGCCGAGGACGAGGAACAAUGAUCAGCAGUAUCCACUGCUGAAUGUAGUGGCAUAUGAGGAUGUAGAGAGUUCCAGGAGGAGUCAAGGUAUCAGACGAAAGCCUCUGUCCCCAAGCUAUGCUCCUCUCAGUACAGCGACUUCUAGAGAAGGGCUUCUCCCCACAUCACCAGACCAAAGCACCUUUCAGAACCCCGCGCUUCGCAAGGGCAAGUCCAAAAGACCUCAAUGGCGCCGAGCACUUCUAGCGGCCACGACUCUAGCAGCAGUUGUUCUAGCCAUGAACGUAACAUGGCUCAUUGUAGUCAUGACAAGAUACAACGUCAAAUUUGGCUUGGCAAAUUUAUAUGAAGGAAGUUGCAACACAACAACAAAGAUCAAUUUAUUUCUGCAUAUCCUUAUCAACGUCCUGAGCACUGCCUUGAUGGGAGCGAGCAAUUAUGCCAUGCAGUGUUUGAAUUCUCCUACUAGGGAGGAAGUUGAUAAAGCGCAUCAAAGGGGGAAAUGGCUCUCCGUGGGACUUACUAAUAUGAAGAAUUUGGCAUAUAUUCCCAGGAGGAGGGUGGUGCUGUUUGUGGUGCUAUUUUUGAGUACUUGGCCUUUACAUUUCGUAUGGAACAGUAUCAUAUUCUCAACACGCCAAACGAACAUGUAUUCCAUGCUAAUCAUCACCCCCGACUUCCUCUCCUCUGACGCAUUCGACAAUAACACCCAAAAUAUCCAGCAGAGCGGGGGAUAUAUAGAUUUCUAUGGCUUCGAUUUCUCCAACUUCGACGGCACUCGGGAAAACAUGACUUACAAUGAGCGGUGGGAAACCAGCUUUGAAAAUGGCAAGUAUACAGGAGGAGGAGUAGGCGGCGAAUUCAACAGCUCAACCUUCCUCCCUUUCGCAUCUGAUCUCUAUCAAGCAUCCAAAAACUCAACAAUGAAACGACUUGAAGCCGCAGACUGCAUGCGAGAAUACAGCGCCACCUUCCUUUCGGGACAACGCAACCUCUUCAUCGUCGUCAAAAGCCCCGUCUCUUUCCCACCCAAUCAGACGCUGGAUAACGGCUCUAUGUUGGCAGUACUCGAUAGCAGGAAUUGGAACAUGGAUCUCACCACUGAUGGAGGUCUGCACUGGAAUCCUUCCGCGUGGAUGUGCUCCAACAUCCAUGAUCCGGCAGCCAUCCUCCUCGUCGAGGGGCAAAAGAACGAUCAAGGUAUUUUCGAACAAAGUGGCAGUCUGGACCUCACCUGCGAUACCAGCAAAGCAUUGAGCAACAUGAAUCAAUACAAUAAUUGGACGAUAGCAUCGCAGAAUCAGAACCAGACUUACGAGGUCGAUUACUGUCUUUCAGAGACGGUGCCGGAGAUGUGUCAGGUGCAGUUCUCGAUAGUUCUCAUGAUUAUUGUAAUUGUUUGCAAUGUUUGUAAAUUUGUUUGCAUGGUUUGGACUCAGUGGGCGUUCACGGAUCCGCCGUUGGUGGUGUUGGGCGAUGCCAUUGCUUCGUUUCUGAGUAAUCGAGAUGUUACUUCGGAAGGUAUCUGUUUGACAGUAGGCCCCAAUGCGGAGUUAGUUGAACCUGGGGGUGGGACUGAGAUUCAGCGAGCGAAGAAACGGAAUUGGACUGGAAAACCGAAGAUGUGGAGUGAUUCUUGUAGGUUUUGUCUCAAACCAAACCUCGAAUCGAGAGAUGGAGCUGACAAGUUCCGUAGGGUGCUUACUGCAAUCGGCUUUGGGAUUGGUAUGCUGUACAAAGGAUCGACGGACCUUGGUCUCGAAAGCUUCAGCUCCCUAUCAUUUGGAUCCAUCAGCCCAUCUGCAUUACUCUUCCUUUACGGAGAUACAGAAGACCCAACCUCGCAAUCCGGAUGGCUUCUUCUUCGAAUGGUCAUGAUCGCUAACUCACCUCAAAUAUACUUCUCCCUUCUAUACUUCCUCUACAAUCGCUCAUACACCGCCAUGCUGUCAAUGGCAGAAUGGACAAGAUUUGCCCUCGAUCGAAAGAGCUUGCGAGUUAGCAACCCAGUCGGCAUCCAGAGAUCCACAUACUGGCUUCAACUCCCUUACCUUUACUCUAUCCCACUCCUCGUCGGCAGUGGUCUGGUCCACUGGAUCCUCUCAGAAUGCCUCUUCUUAGUCCGAAUCUCCUUCUUCGACCGAACAGGCCAACCCACGUUCCCAACCGGCGUGACUGAGAUGUUCGAACCUAGCAGCAACACGCUUACCGUCCCAGGUUACUCGCCCAAAGCUAUCCUCGCUGCAAUCAUCGUGACUGCUGUCAUGUUCGCGGUGUUGGUCUGGAACGAGUUCAGAGCGUAUAAAUCUGCGAUCCCAUUAGUGGUUAAUAGCAGUUUUGCUAUUAGUGCUGCUUGUCAUCCGCCGCAUGAAGAUGAGGAUGCCGCGUUCAAGAAGGUGAUGUGGGGCGCGAUAAGUCACCCUGAAGGAGCGUUGCCGGGGCAUUGUUGUAUUACUAGUUUUGAGGUUGAGGAGCCGAGGGUAGGAGAGCAUUAUGAGUAG